CCACCAUGCCUGCCCUCAGACCUCUCGUGAAACCUAAAAUCGUCAAGAAGAGGACCAAGAAGUUCAUCCGCCAUCAGUCUGAUCGCUAUGUCAAGAUCAAGCGCAACUGGCGGAAACCGAGAGGUAUCGAUAACCGAGUGCGCAGGCGGUUCAAGGGGCAGAUCCUGAUGCCCAACAUUGGCUACGGCAGCAAUAAGAAGACAAAGCACAUGCUGCCCACCGGCUUCAGAAAGUUCCUGGUCCACAAUGUCAAAGAGCUGGAAGUGCUGAUGAUGAGCAACAAGUCCUACUGCGCAGAGAUUGCUCACAACGUCUCUUCCAAGAACCGGAAGAUAAUCGUGGAGAGAGCCGCUCAGCUCGCCAUCAAGAUCACCAACCCCAACGCCAGGCUGCGCAGCGAGGAGAACGAAUAAACCGGCUUCUACAUCUGAGAUGUAUUUUAUAAAGCG